UGCCUAACUUGCGCAGCAUCUAGCCCGGACUCUGGACGAGUCUCGUAAUUCAAUGCUCCUUUUCCCGGCCUAUUCUUGUUAACGACGCACACCCAGCAAUUUCAUCAGUACGCACAGCACUCCUGCCGGCGACAAAUCCACCAUUGCUGCCUUCCUAUAUUACUCAAUUCCUACGCUCUCAAUCUUCUCUGCCAACCAUUUUCCUUCUCUGUUUCUACUCCUUCAUCUUCUUCCUCUGCUGCAUUCUCUUUCUCCCGUCUGUAAAUUAGUGUUCAAAUCGGUGAUCAAGGCAAGUGCGCUAGUUUCCGCAAUAAUUCCUGGUGUAAAGUUGUUGUGAUUUAUUAACAUGCCAAAGAAUUUCCGGAAAAGGAAAGUUGAGGAUGAAGCGGCAGACAAUGUUUCAGAUGACGAGGAGGAUAGAAGGUUGGCAUUAGAGGAGGUGAAAUUGCUACAAAAGCAGAGGGAGAGGAGAUCUGGAAUUCCUGCUAAUUCGAUACCACAGACAUCUAAUGAAGCAACAAAGAUAGGCGAAAAAGUCGAGGCUGAUGGAGAUAAAGAAGAGUUAGUUUUGCAGGAUACGUUUGCACAAGAAACUGCUGUCAUGAUUGAAGACCCCAAUAUGUUAAAGUAUAUCGACCAAGAGUUAGCCAAGAAAAGAGGCAAGGAACUUGCUGCAAUAGAACAAUCUGAGAGUGAAUUGACUCUUGCUGAAGAAGAGUUAUACAAGAUUCCGGAUCAUUUAAAAGUGAAAAAGAGAAAUUCGGAAGAAAGCUCUACUCAGUGGACCACUGGUAUUGCAGAAAUACAGCUUCCUAUCGAGUUUAAGUUGAAAAAUAUCGAGGAAACUGAAGCUGCCAAAAAGCUUCUGCAUGAAAAGAGAUAUACAGGUCAGACCAAGAAAGAAUCAACCAAUUCUUUGAAUCACAAUGCUGAUUAUUUCCAGCGUGGGAAAGAUUAUGCUGAAAAACUUAGGAGAGAUCAUCCAGAGCUGUACAAGGAUAGAGGAACAGAGGAUAGUGGAGCGGGUUCAAGGCCCAGUGACAGUGGUGCAGAACCAGCUGGGAGAAGGCUUGCAGCAACAGAUGAGCUUAUGCUUGAACGCUUCAGGAAACGAGAACGACAACGUGGAAUGAGGAGAUGAGAUUAGCUAGCACGGCCAAAUUCGUUGAUUUAGUAGAUCAGCGAGUGUUGUGUAACUUGUAGUGUAAGGAUCAUCUCAAGUUUUCUUUGAUAAUUCUUUUUUGGGCCAAUUAUUUGUAACAUAUGAGAUAUGACCUUUUUGCUAGUUUGUAAUUUUUAUUGCCAUUUCAAGCUUAUGAAAUCAUGAUAGACAAUAAGAAACCACACUUAUAAUUAUCUGCUAACAAUAUCAACGACUAAUAUCUCCCUUUGCAACAUUGCUUUAGAAUACUCCAACCUUUUGUUGAUUGUCUGAAAAUAAUCCAAUCUUUAGAUUAUUCUAGAAUAAUCCGACCUUAAAGGGGUAUUAUCUCAUAACAAACCUUAAUAACCGAUUACCUAGAAUCCUAGAUUAUUGUUCUUUUUUUUUUUUUUUUUUUUUUUUUUCUUUUUAAGUU